AUGAAGGCCAUUAAAGCAUUCUUCAAACCAACUACAUCACCAAAGCAUACAUCUGGACAGAAUGUUGCAGCUGACUUGUGCGAUUUGACUUUAGAUGAGAGUACUUAUCACUCGGCCAAACAACAGGAGCCAAGUUAUUCAUUGUUCUUCUCUCGUCUGGACUCAAAGCGUGUUCAACCUUUUGUCGGUCUGAAGGGCAACAACACUGCCAUUCACUUGGGCAACAAGUUCCAACUGACCUCGCUCCAGAUCGAUGCCGUCGUCAAUGAUGCCAGCGUCACAACCGUCUACACACAAAAGUAUCGCAACGGAUUCACCGAGCCGGUCGAGGCCAAGUACGAGAUGCCCUUGGCGCCAAACGCCGCCGUCUCCAACUUUGUCGUCACCUACAAUGACAAGGUGCUCGUCGCCCAGAUCAAGGAGAAGGCUCAGGCACAGAACGAGUACUCAGACGCCAUUGCCAGUGGAAACCAGGCAUUCAUGGUCGAGAAGAACAGCAGUGGCUCGUUCACCACGCUCAUUGGCAACCUGCCACCAACCGACGAGGUCACCGUGUCGCUCACCGUGGUAAGCGAGAUUGGCACCCAUCUCGACAGACUGCACUUCUGUCUACAUCGCUUCAUGUUCAUCCAGACGCCCUUUGACCUGGUGCUCAAGCUGGACGUCCAGUUGUCCGUGCCAAUCGAGUCGAUCACAUUCAAGGAUCACUCCACUGGAGUGGACACCACCGUCGAUGGACACAAUGGCAAGCUCACCUACACCACCUCUGAGGGAGUGCCAAAGAACAUCAUUGUGGACAUCAAGCCACAGCCAGUGGCACAGCCAUCAUACUUCCUUGAGAAGGGACCAACAGACGACACCUACGCACUUGGCCUCAACUUUUAUCCAAGAUUACAUGUGACUCCAGAUGAGGUCGACCAGGCUGCCGAGUACAUCUUUUUGGUCGACUGCUCAGGCUCAAUGUCUGGCUCUGUCAUUGAGCAGGCCAAGCUUGCAUUGGAAAUCCUGAUGCGUUCGUUGACCGAGCGUUCAAAGUUCAACAUCUGGUUGUUUGGUUCGGACUUUGUGUCUCUGUUCCCAGAGUCCAAGCUCUACAAUGAUGAGACCCUCGAUCAAGCCAGCAAGUACAUUGUCGGCAUUGAUGCCAACUUGGGAGGUACCGAAUUGUUGCCACCAAUGAAGGCCAUCCUUGGUAACCCAUACGAUCCACAAUACCCAAGACAAGUGUUCAUUCUUACCGAUGGUGAGGUCAGUCAACGUGAUGAGUUGGUGGACUUUGUUGGAAAGGAAGCCAACACAACUAGGAUCUUCACCUUUGGUAUUGGUGGAGGUGUGGAUAGAGAGUUGAUUGUCGGAAUGUCCCGUGCCUGCAAGGGUUACUACGAGUUCAUCCAGGACGAGAGUGAUAUGGAGGAGAGAGUGAUGACUCUGAUGAAUGUCGCACUGGAGCCAACCGUCUCCAACAUCAAGGUCGACUGGCAUGGACUUGAUGUGCUCCAGGCACCAAAGUUGAUCCGUCCAGUCUUCAACCUGGAGCGCAUGCUCAUCUAUGCGUUGAUCAACAAGAAGCCAUCAAAGUCGUCGGUUACCAUCACCAUCACUGCCGACGGUCCCACCGGCAAGGAGUUGGCUUACCCCAUCGAGGUCCACUUUGACACUGCCCAGACCACCUCGAACAAGCUGCACACCCUCACCGCACUGAUGGCCAUUCGUGACUAUGAGGAGGAGGAGCGCAAGGGAUCACAUACCAAGAACAAGGACAAGAUCGUCGCGUUGGGAUUGAAGUACCAUCUGGUCUCCAAUCACACAUCGUUCGUCGUUGUUGCCGAGAACACCAGUGGCAAGCCAGUGGAGGACACACUAAAGGUGGUCAAUGUGAAGCAACCUGAGCCCAUAGAGCAGGAGGAGGAUGUGAACACUACCUUCAAUGCACCAACAAUGUUCUUGAGUCAGCAGGUUCAGGGAUUCACAUCAAUUCCCUCUGUUUCUGCCACAAUGUGCGCACCACCAUCCCCAAGCAUCCUCCGUUCAGGUUCGCCACGUAAGAGGACUACCUCGAACAACGUGUCUCAAAUCCUAUCAGCACCAGUCCAACUUGACAUGUGCGAAGGAGAGGCACUGGAUGACUGCAAGGUGUCAUACUCAAUGUGCAAGUCUCAAAUGUAUGUUGAGGAGGAGAGGAUCAUCCCGACCGUCAAGGAGUCCAACGAGAUGAUGGAGCUCAUUCGUUCACAAAAGGCCAAUGGAAGCUGGUCCUCAGUUGGCUCAUUCAAGGUGCCAUCCGUGGCCAGCAUAGCCAAGUCAUUGCCAGCCGAUGUCUGGAUCACACUAUGUGUAAUCUGUAAACUAGAGUCGUCAUUCGCCGACAAGAAGGCACAAUGGCAAGCCAUUGUCACCAAGGCCAUCAAGUGGAUCAAGCAACAAUUGACCAAGGCUAGCAUGGCCGACAAGUAUGACCAACUUCAUGAGGCUGCUACCAAGGCAUUGUAA